AUGGGCGACUGCAACUCCAAACUUCAAAAUGCUAACACUGAAAAAAAUCAACUUCAAGUGGUUUCUACUCAACCGUACCCAAUUCCGGAAAUUCGGAUCGAUACUUCAUAUUUGAAGGUUGAUAACACAACAAACGAGCACCUCUUGAACUCUUUGAGAAGCGAUGAGUUUCCAGCUUUUGGAAACAUUUCCGAGGAGAACAAAAACAGAAAAAGAAACGGCCCAGGAGACUAUCAACUCGACACAAAAAUCAACAAAUACAUUAAAAUCGCAUAA